CUUUAUAGAAUAGUGGAAGGUUUAUUUGUGUCUUAUUCAAUCAAGGUUAACGUUGUAUACACGUAUGAUAUAGUAAUGUUCUAGAGACGAUUUGGUGAAUUACGUCACGAAAUGAGAUGCGUUCCCUUAAAAUGGUUCCCUCCACACACAACUUUUUAAAUAUUAGAAUAUACGAUUACAACAUAGCUUCACAGAAUACAGUAGAUGGUAUUAUAUAAAUAACAUCUAUGGUCCUCUCUUUAUAACAUCCUAAAAUACACUGGAGACAUUCAGAAACAUAAUUAGAAUGCAUCAAUUUAACCUUUUUUGAAUUUAAAUUGAUUUUAAAAUAGUUCUCUCUGAUAUCAAAGAUAAGGUCCUUAUGCUUCCAAACCUUACCGCACGUGUUGUGUGUUAAUGUUCAGACCAAGCAUCGGGGCUAUUAACAAAACUCCCCUGUACAGAAGACGCCUUCAUCCAAUUACUCUUAUGUGUAAUGCAACAGAGUCAGGAUCAAGGGCUUGGCAGGACAACAUGAGUCGAAAGAGGGACAAGCUGUUGGAUGGACUGGAACAGAGUUUAUACACUCUAACCAAGGACAACUUAUGUUACCUGUGCGUUCGUUGUGGAAUAGGCUCCGAGGAUCGGUUCCAAGGUAAAGAAAACAGUGAACGCACGCUGCGGCGUCAAAUCAUGGAGGAAAUCUGGGAAAACGAGGAUUCAAAGUCUUGGUUACUCCGACUGAAAGAGGACAUCAGAGGUAUACAGGAGGAUGGUAGACAUGUAACCGUGAGCUCCAGUGCAUCAAGCAGCGUGUCCUCGAGUCCCAGCCAGUCUGAUGGUGAUGGGGACGCUGCAGACUGCCGUGAAGCUGGGAAGCCUCGACAGUCGGAAGUGACUCAGCGAACACACACUGGAGAGAAGCCUUACAGUUGUAAUCAGUGUGGGAAGACAUUCACACAGUCAGGAAGCCUGGCAACUCAUCUGAGAACACACACUGGAGAGAAACCUCAUAGCUGUGAUGUAUGUGGGAAGACUUUUAACGUAGCCUUCAAUCUGAACCGACACCAGCGAACACACACUGGAGAGAAACCCUACAGCUGUGAGAAGUGUGGGAAGAGCUUUUCUCAGUCAGGCCUACUGGCCAGCCACCGUCGUUCGCACACAGGAGAGAAACCGUAUGUCUGUGAUCAGUGUGGGCAGAGCUUUGUCAAUCCGGGAUCCCUGGCAAAGCACAAGCGAAAACAACAUGUGGGAGAGAAGCCUUAUAGCUGUGCGGAUUGUGGGAAGAGUUUCUUUGAAUCACAUACCCUGGCUAACCAUCGGAGGACACACACAGGAGAGAAGCCUUACAGCUGUGAUCUAUGUGGGAAAAGUUUUGCUCUGUCAGGAACCCUGAUUAAACAUAAGCUGACUCAUACAGGAGAGAAACCGUACUGCUGUGACCGGUGUGGGAAGAGCUUCCGUGAAUCAGGAAGGUUGAAAGUUCACCAGAGAAUGCACACUGGAGAGAAACCUUACGGCUGUGAUCAAUGUGGGAAGAAAUUUGGUCAUUCGCAACACCUGAAAGAACACCUGCGAACGCACACAGGAGAGAAGCCAUUUAGCUGUGAUCAGUGUGAGAGGAAAUUCACUCAACCACAACACCUGAAAUCACACAUGAGAACACACACUGGAGAGAAGCCGUUUGUCUGUGAUCAGUGUGAGAAGAGAUUCGCUCAUUCGCAACAACUCAAAGCACACCUGCGAAUGCACACUGGAGAGAAACCUCAUAUCUGCGAUCGGUGUGAGAAGAAAUUUGCUCAUUCACAACACCUGAAAGAUCACAUGCGAACACACACAGGAGAGAAGCCGUACAUCUGUGGAGAAUGUGGAAAGAGCUUUGGUAGAACAGGAACAUUGAAAGUGCACCAGAAAUCACACGCAGCAGGUGAAGUGUGUACAGAUCUGCCUCCCCAGGAUCAGUUCCAGAACCCUCAAAUAAAUCUGAACAGCACAAAAUUCCAGAUCCAUCUCCCUCCCCAGGAUCAGUUCCAGAACCCUCAAAUAAAACUGAACAGCACCAAGUUUCAGAUCCAUCUCCCUCCCCAGGAUCAGUUCCAGAACCCUCAAAUAAAUCUGAACAGCACAAAGUUCCAGAUCCAUCUCCAUCCCCAGGAUCAGUUCCAGAACCUUCCAUAAACUCAGAAAAGUCCAAAGUUCCGCUGCUGGACUCCUCUAGCACUAGGCAAUUAUGACACCUAUCUAUUAUAUAUAUAUAUGCGGUAAAGAGGUCAAUGGAACUCGACCAAAACAAUAGAAAUGACAUGGACACAGGUGGGAGAAAGAUGCCAUGGGGGGGGAAAGAUCCCGAAUCUCCUCAUGGUCCCCUCACUCUGUUGAGGUAAAAAUCAGAGUAUAAUGCUUGUAUGGAUGUUAACCCCCUAACACAUGUUCAUGUCAUCAUCACCAAAUCAACUGUAUUAUAGUAACAAAAGGACUUUGACUAACACACAUCGUUGAUGGAUGCUACAAGCUCAUAAGAGCAGGAUGUUAGCAUUUAGCAGUUACUUCUUCUAAACAGGAAAAGGGACAACUUCAAAAAUGUGUCAUGCAGAGGAAACAGACAAAUAUUUAGAAACCAGACUUCAGUAACUACUUGGUGGGCCUGUUACAUCACAUAAAUCACACGACGGAUUUGACGAAUAUAUCCACUUGGUUGGAUCAGAUUUGUUGAAUGUGUGCCAACGACGCCGUCACAGCGUCCUGCGUUCCAGUGACCUCUUUUCCCACAUCUGUGCUUGAAUCCAGUUCUACAGAUUCUGAUUUCAGUUGUAAUUGAUUAACCCCCUCCUCCAAAUUCACUGUGUACAGAAACAUUGGUUCAUUAAAAUCAUUGAGUUACCUUU